AUGGCAGAGAAAAUAACAGGCGACUUGAAACAUACCCAGUCUAUCAAAGAGGGAACCAUAAACGAUGCUUCUACAGCCGAAGCCUUGACUCUGUGCCGCGAUGCAGAUGAUAUCGAGACAAGUCCUGAGCUCGAUAAGGCUCUGCGAUGGAAGCUGGACCUGAGACUUAUGCCCCUUCUCUGCUUCACCUAUGCACUGCAGUCAAUUGAUAAGAAUACUAUCAGCUAUGCUGCCGUGUUCGGGCUAAGAGAAGAUCUCAACCUCAAGGGAGAUGAGUUCUCCUGGACCGGCGGCAUAUUCUACCUCGGUUAUCUCAUUUGGGAGUUUCCGACCAGUAUGUUUCUUCAACGAUUUCCGAUCAAUUACUUUAUGUCAGGAACUGUCAUCGCUUGGGGCGCCGUACUCAUGGCCCACGGAGCCGUCACCUCCUUCACAACCCUCGUCGUCGUGCGCGUCCUUCUCGGCGCCCUCGAAGCAGCCAUAAACCCUGGCACCAUGCUCCUCUUCAGCAUGUACUACAUGCGAAAAGAACAGCCUCUCCGUAUGGGUAUAUGGAUUGGCUCUGCAGGCAUGGGCUACAUCAUCGCUGGUAUAGCUAGUUUUGGCAUAGGUCACGUCAAGUCUGCUCUACCGUCCUGGCGAGUACUCUUUAUCAUCUGGGGAUCCAUCACAGUUGCCUGGGGCGUUAUUCUCCUGUUCCUGCUUCCUGAUGCCCCUAUGAGAGCAAAGUUUCUGACAGCUGAUGAGAAGGCCAGAGUUAUUUCGAGGGUGAAGGGAAAUGGCACGGGUAUUGAGAAUAAGCACUUUAAGAUGGCACAGUUUUGGGAGGCGAUGGUUGAUAUGAAGACCUGGUUGCUAUUCUUAUUUGCCCUGACGAGUAACUCGCCCAAUGGAGGCCUAUCCGCGUUCCAAGGUCUCAUCAUCAAAGGUGCUGGCUUCAGUACCCUCGACACAACAUUAUAUCAGAUGCCAUCGGGUGCAGUCCAACUAGUCGCAUGUGUGCUAGCCUGCUGGGGGGCUUCCGUCAUCAAGAAUUCCAGAAUUCCGAUCAUGCUUCUCGCUCUCGUCCCUUUCCUCGCCGGUGUUCUGGGUCUUCAUUUCCUCCCUCACAGUGACGCAUACGCCCGCUUAGCAUGCCUAUGGAUGUCUUUCUCAUACACAGCAACCUGGACUCUUAGCAUGUCAGUCUCCAUGGCCAACACAGCGGGUCACACUAAAAAGAUCACAACAAACGCUUUGUUGCUGAUUGGUUAUUGUCUGGGAAACUUUGUCGGACCAUUCUUCUUCAAGUCUAAUCAGGCGCCCCAGUAUGAGCUUGGAGUGGGCAUGAUGUUCACAUGUAUUGCCAUUCAAGUUGCAAGUCUUGUUGCGCUCUGGGUGUUGUUGUGGAUGAGGAAUAGUUCAAGGCGAGACCUUCGUACUCCUGAGAAUCAGCAGAGAGCUUGGGAGGCGGGACUUCUUGAUGAAACAGACUUCAAGAAUAAGUACUUCCAGUACGUGUAUUAG